CAUCUGUCCCUCUUGUCUCUAGAUCCCCCAGAUCAGCUACGCGUCCACAGCUCCUGACUUGAGCGACAACAGCCGCUACGACUUCUUCUCCCGCGUGGUACCCUCCGACACAUACCAGGCCCAGGCCAUGGUGGAUAUCGUCCGGGCCCUCAAGUGGAACUACGUGUCCACACUGGCCUCAGAGGGCAGCUACGGUGAGAGUGGCGUGGAGGCCUUUAUCCAGAAGUCACGAGAGAACGGAGGAGUGUGUAUUGCCCAGUCAGUGAAGAUUCCCCGGGAACCCAAGUCUGGGGAGUUUGACAAGAUCAUCAAACGACUGCUGGAGACAUCCAAUGCCAGAGCCAUCAUCAUCUUUGCCAAUGAGGAUGACAUCAGGAGGGUGCUGGAGGCAGCCCGCAGGGCCAACCAGACCGGCCACUUCUUCUGGAUGGGCUCUGACAGUUGGGGUUCCAAGAGUGCCCCUGUGCUGCGCCUCGAGGAGGUGGCUGAGGGCGCGGUCACCAUUCUUCCCAAGAGGAUGUCCGUGCGAGGGUUCGACCGAUACUUCUCCAGCCGCACUCUAGACAACAACAGGCGCAACAUCUGGUUUGCCGAGUUCUGGGAGGACAACUUCCAUUGUAAACUGAGCCGCCACGCCCUCAAGAAGGGAAGCCACAUCAAGAAGUGCACCAACCGGGAGCGCAUCGGGCAGGACUCGGCAUAUGAGCAGGAGGGGAAGGUGCAAUUCGUGAUUGACGCCGUGUAUGCCAUGGGCCACGCACUGCAUGCCAUGCAUCGUGACCUGUGUCCCGGCCGCGUAGGACUCUGCCCUCGCAUGGACCCCGUGGAUGGCACACAGCUGCUUAAGUACAUCAGAAACGUCAACUUCUCAGGCAUUGCAGGGAACCCCGUAACCUUUAAUGAGAACGGAGACGCGCCUGGGCGAUAUGACAUCUACCAGUACCAACUGCGCAACGGCUCGGCUGAGUACAAGGUCAUCGGCUCCUGGACUGACCACCUGCACCUCAGAAUAGAGCGGAUGCAGUGGCCAGGGAGUGGCCAGCAGCUGCCGCGCUCCAUCUGCAGCCUGCCCUGCCAGCCGGGUGAGCGGAAGAAGACAGUGAAGGGCAUGGCUUGCUGCUGGCACUGUGAGCCCUGCACAGGGUACCAGUACCAGGUGGACCGCUACACCUGCAAAACCUGCCCCUACGACAUGCGGCCCACGGAGAACCGCACAAGCUGCCAGCCUAUUCCCAUCGUCAAGUUGGAGUGGGACUCGCCCUGGGCUGUGCUGCCCCUCUUCCUGGCUGUGGUGGGCAUUGCCGCCACGUUGUUCGUGGUGGUCACCUUUGUGCGCUACAACGAUACUCCUAUUGUGAAGGCCUCCGGGCGGGAGCUGAGCUACGUGCUGCUGGCGGGAAUCUUUCUGUGCUACGUCACCACUUUCCUCAUGAUCGCGGAGCCAGACCUGGGGACCUGUUCACUCCGCCGCAUCUUCCUGGGGCUCGGCAUGAGCGUCAGCUAUGCAGCCCUCCUCACCAAGACCAACCGUAUUUACCGCAUCUUCGAACAGGGCAAGCGGUCAGUCAGUGCCCCGCGCUUUAUCAGCCCCGCCUCGCAGCUGGCCAUCACCUUCAGCCUCAUCUCCCUGCAGCUGCUCGGCAUCUGUGUGUGGUUUGUGGUGGACCCCUCCCACUCAGUGGUGGACUUCCAGGACCAGCGGACACUUGACCCCCGCUUUGCCAGGGGUGUGCUCAAGUGUGACAUCUCCGACCUGUCGCUCAUCUGCCUGCUGGGUUACAGCAUGCUGCUGAUGGUCACGUGUACCGUGUACGCCAUCAAGACUCGCGGUGUGCCUGAGACCUUCAACGAGGCCAAGCCCAUUGGCUUCACCAUGUACACCACCUGCAUUGUCUGGCUGGCCUUUAUCCCCAUCUUCUUUGGCACCUCACAGUCGGCCGACAAGCUGUACAUCCAGACAACCACGCUGACGGUCUCGGUGAGUCUGAGUGCUUCGGUGUCCCUGGGAAUGCUCUACAUGCCCAAAGUCUACAUCAUCCUCUUCCACCCGGAGCAGAACGUGCCCAAGCGCAAGCGCAGCCUCAAAGCCGUAGUCACCGCUGCAACCAUGUCCAACAAGUUCACACAGAAGGGCAACUUCAGGCCAAAUGGGGAAGCCAAGUCAGAGCUGUGUGAGAACUUGGAGGCCCCAGCACUGGCCACCAAACAGACCUACGUCACCUACACCAACCAUGCAAUCUAGCUGGGCUGCGGAGCCAAGACGACUGAAGAGUCACAACCUCUGAGGAUGGUGCGUCAGGCCAGGGCCAUUCCUGAGGGCUCUGCUGAGGUCCUGCCUGCCCCGUGGGCAUCCACGAAUGUGGCUUGGUGCUGAGGACUGUAGAACCCCUGGCCAUCACUGCUGGGCAAGCUGUGGUGGGCAACUGGAGGAGGCUGAGUGGUUGCGCCACCCAGGCCUUCCUCUGGACCGAUGUGUCCAGCCCCAAAGCACAGGGGCUCAGUCUUGAGAGUCCAGCCCUGGCCUUGUCUCCUUCCUCCUGCCUCCAUCUGUCCUGUUGGUGACCCCGGCUGGUCCCUACCUGUCUUUGCGUUUCUCUUCUGUCUCUGCAUGUAUUGUCUGUUUGGGCUUCUCUGCUUCUGUAUUUUUCUUUCUGUUUCUGCCCUGCCCCACACCUUCUGCGUCCCUGGUUGCCUCACCCCAACCAAGUCAUUCUCUCAAGCACU